GUGUAAUAACAUUUCGGUAUAUUAAUCAUGAUGUCAUGUUUUUUUUUUCAGAGCAAAUCUCAAACCAAUUUGAAGAAUUGACAAACAAUAUCACGGUGAAAGUGGACAAUGAAGGGAACAUUUUGGCCAAACGUGAAGAGCAAUUCGCAAACCAAUUUAAAGAAUUGACAAACAAUAUCACGGUGAAAAUGGAGACCGAAAGGGAUAUCUUGGCCAAGCUUAAAGAAUCAAUAAUACAACCAAGUGUAGCAUUCCAUGUUCACAAUGUCAAGGAUUUGGUCCUUGAUACCAAAAAUGAAGUGCUAGUAUUUGAAAGUAUAAUUACAAACGAGGGAUCAGGAUAUGACAAGUCAACGGGUAUAUUCACAGCACCCGUAGAGGGAACUUACUUCUUUACUGUACAUGUCUGUACUGCAAACAGUAAAUAUUCUCCUAUUGGACUAGUCUUGGAUAGCACAUUUGUUGCAAGAUCGAUAAAUUACGACACGGAUUCUUAUACUUGCAGUUCGGUAUCGGCCAUUGUAAGAAUGAAGUCAGGAGGGCGUGUUUGGGUGGCAAGUACAUCUGGUAGCACGGCUUACGUUUUAUAUACACAUAACUUGCACAUCAUGAAUACUUUCAGUGGAAUGUUUAUAAGUACAUAGUCAACAUUUUUAUUAGUCCCCUACCGGUUCAACCGUUGGGAACUUAAAGUUGACCCUCCGCCCGUCUGUCCGUCAGUCAGUUCGGGCAAACAUCCAAUGGUCUAUGAUCUUCAUUUCGUCCAAAAUAUUAGUUAAAAAAAGAAGGAAAUCACAAACCGACUUGUUUAUGUGGUAAUUUUACUGGUUUAUAUUGAAAAGUGCCACAUAAAGAUCAAAGAAAAAGUACAUAAACUCCAACUCCAAUACCAAUGUUGACACGUCCGCCUAUCCGUCCGCAAAACUGAAAGUCCUGAAAACAUUUUAAUGAAACUUGAUAUAUGGGGAGAUUAUGCACGUCUUUUUCUUGUCUUCCUAUGUUGACAACUGUAGUUGCUAUGGCAACAAAUAGACUGAAAUAUGGCAAAAUUAACAAAAAAAAAACUGGAUCCCGUGACAAAGCAAAAAAGGACUAAAAUAUUUUUAUGAAACUUUUAUGAAACUUGAAAUAUAGGUAGAUGGCAGUUUGGAGAUUAUGCACAUCUUUUUCUUUUCUUUUCUUCCUUUGUUUAAAAAUGUGGUGGCAACAAAUAGGCUUAAAAUAUGGCAGAUAUAAAAAUAUUAAUAUUACUCAAAUAGGACUGAAAAUUUGACAGUAUGGAGAUUUUACACAUCAUUUUAAUCCUGACAAUAGGGAAUAUUAUACUUACCAAGCGCCGGCAACCUCGUUUUUACGCUUUUUCACUAUAAGUGGUAUUUACUUCAAACUUCAAAUAAAUGUUUCUGAUUAAAUAUACGACACCAUAUGUGACAAGGUAUACAACUCAAAAAAUAUCAGAACUACCCCCUUGAACUUAGAAUGAUCAUGUAAAAUGUUGUUAUUUUAUAACAUUAUUUAUAUAUACUUCAAUUAUCAUAUACGUGUAUAUGUUUCUUAUAAUCACUCAAAUCAUGUGUAAAAAAUCAAUAUUCUAGCUUUACUAUUUUUUUUCUGGAAAUUAUUAUUUUCACUCAAACACCUCCAUUUCUGAUAAGUUUUACUUCCAACUCCCACCUCAUAAUAAUAUGACAAGGUUUAUCAAUCUAGCAUCCAUAUUUCCAGAAAUACGUCCUUAAACUUUGAGUUUUUCUAAUUCAUUCUUACUUCUCUUAUUUCUCCAUGGUUUUACUUCAAAUGUAAAUUAAAUAUACAUUCAUUAUCAACAUCUACAUCAUAUGUGAUUAGAGUUAUAAGUCUAGCGCCUGGGGUUCCAUAAGUAUUUUCAUUUUGAACUUGAAAAUUUGAAAUUUGUUAGUGUUUUUUUUAAUUUUCUUUUUUUGUGAAAUUGUAUAUUUGUAACUUGUUUUUCUUCCACUUUUCUUCUUUGUGACUAUAAAUGGUAUAUUAUUUAAACUUUACAUAAUUGUUUAUUGUAACACACUCAUCAUGUAUGACAAUGUUCACAAGUCUGGCAUCAUUUUUCAAGAGACAUCUCCUCUUUAAAAUGUUAUAUUCUGGUAACAGCCAGGGAUGUUAAAAGAUACACCCUAACUCUUCAGAGCACUGCAAGUUUGCAAGUAAAUUUACAAACAUAUUUUUUGGGCUUAAAUCUGUACAAACGUUAACCUGUCAAACAUAUUUAAAAUAAAAGUUUUAUUAGUAUUUUGUAGAGCUUUGAAUAUUUUUUUUAAAAUCAUGGACUUUUAUUGAAAAGGAUCAGAAACUAUCGUUAAGCUUAAAACGUCAAAACGUUAAUAUUAAUAGUCAAUUCAAGUCCAUUUUAAAAUAAACAGUUGCUUUAGAUUAAUAUAAUUUUUAGCUCGACUAUUCGAUAAGAAUAACUAGAGCUAUUGUAGUCACCCGAGCGUCGGCGUCUGCGUCGGCGUCGGCGUAACCAUUUAUGUUAAAGUUUUUGUAAUAGUUCAAAUAUUUUCAAAGUCCAUUGACAUAUGGCUUUGAAACUUUGCACACUUGUUCACUAUCAUGACCCCAACCUGUAGACAGGAGGAGGUAACUUUAUCAAGCAUUUUGACAGAAUUAUGCCCCUUUUUCGACUUAGAAUUUACGUUAAAGUUUUUGUAAUAGUUCAAAUAUUUUCAAAGUCCAUUGACAUAUGGCUUUGAAACUUUGCACACUUAUUCACCAUCAUGACCCCAACCUGUAGACAGGAGGAGGUAACUGUAUCAAGCAUUUUGACAGAAUUAUGCCUCUUUUUAUAUGCCCGAAAGGGCAUAUUAUGUUAUACCCCCUGGCGUCCGUCUGUCUGUCUGUCUGUCUGUCUGUCCGUCCGUCCGUACGUCCGUCCGUCUGUUAGCAAUUUGGUUUCCGGAGCAUAAGUUAAGUUCCAUUUGGCCAACAAUGUUCAAACUUCAUAGGAUGAUUGUCCAUAUUGGGUAGAAGACCCUAUUGAUUUUGGGGUCAAAAGGUCAAAGGUCAAGGUCACUAUUACCUUGAUACUGAAACAGUUUCCGGAGCAUAACUUAAAUUCCAUUUGGCCCACACUGUUCAAAAUCGUAGGAUGAUUGUCCAUAUUGGGUAGAAGACCCUAUUGAUUUUGGGGUCACAAGGUCAAAGGUCAAGGUCACUAUUACUUUGAUACUGAAAACAGUUUCCGGAGCAUAACUUAAGUUCCAUUUGGCCAACAAUGUUCAAACUUCAUAGGAUGAUUGUCCAUAUUGGGUAGAAGACCCCUAUUGAUUUUGGGGUCAAAAGGUUAAGGGUCAAGGUCACUAUAUCCUGAAAACUGAAAACAGUUUCCGGAGCAUAACUUAAGUUCCAUUUGGCCCACAAUAUUCAAACUUCAUAGGAUGAUUGUUGAUAUUGGGCAAAAUACCCCUAUUGAUUUUGGGGUCACUAGGUCAAAGGUCAAGGUCACAAUUACCUUAAAACCAAAAACAGUUUCCGGAGCAUAACGUAAGUUCCAUUUGGCCCACUUUAUUCAAUCUUCAUAGGAUGAUUGUCCAUAUUGGGUAGAAGACCCCUAUUGAUUUUGGGGUCACAAGGUCAAAGGUCAAAGUCACUUUUACCUUAAUACUGAAAACAGUUUCUAGAGUACAAUUAAAGUUCCAUUUGGCCCACAAUAUUCAAACUUCUUAGGAUGAUUGUCCAUAUAAUGUAGAAGACCCCUAUUGAUUUUGGGGUCACAAGGUCAAAGGUUAAGGUCAUUAUUAAUAACUUAAGUAUUAAUCAACCUACAGCUGUAAAAUUUUAUAGGAUGAACAGCUAAUUCCCAUAUCUUACAAAUGCUUCAUCCUUACUAAAAAAAAAAAACACUUUCGGGCAUAUAAUGCUCCGCCUAGCGGUGCUCUUGUUCGACUUAGCAUUUACGUUAAAGUUUUUGUAAUACCUUGAAUAUUUUCAAAGUCCAUUGAAACUUUGCACACUUGUUCACCAUCAUGACCCCAACCUGUAGACAGGAGAAGGUAACUCUAUCAAGCAUUUUGACAGAAUUAUGCCCCUUUUUUGACUAAGAAUUUACGUUACAGUUUUUGUAAUAUCUCAGAUAUUUUCAUAGUCCAUUGACAUAUGGCCUUAAAACCUUGCAUGUACUUGUUGACCAUCAUAACCCCAACCUGUAAACAGGAGGAGGUAACUCUAUCAAGCAUUUUGACAGAAUUAUGCCCCUUUUUCGACUUAGAAUUUACGUUAAACUUUUUGUAACACCUCAAAUAUUUUCAAAGUUCAUUGACAUAAGGCUUUGAAACAUGUUGAACUUUUAUGCUCUUCUUUGAGAGCAUAAUAGGACUCUCUCCAAGGCCUAUAACUGUAAUAUGGAUAUAAAUAAAAAAAAUGCCCUUUUCUCUACUGAGAAAAUUUUACCUUUUAAUCAAGUUUUUUUUACUAUCAAGCACUAAGAAUAGUCGAGCGUUGCUGUCCUACCGACAGCUCUUGUUCUAAUUGCAAUAUGGGUUAAUUGACUAUAUUGCAUUAUAUUACAAUACAGGCUUGUUAAUAUUUUUGCACUCGUAAUGAAAAUACUAAGAUUGCUUCUGUCAGUAAAGUCUAUGCAGUAAGUUAUGUCUACUGAAUUAAUUUCUCUUCGGAUAAUGCAUUUAUUUCCUAAACAAGUUCAAUUAAUGCAACAAAACAUUUAAUGUAAUUUUUUUGAAUUGGACUUUCUUUUGUUUAAGCAGCAUUUAGAAAAUAUGUUUAUGUUGAGAUAUUCUGCUUUAAUUUUGAUAUACAUUGUUUUAAUAUAAAGAUGGACUGAGGAAUUCUGACUUAAAGAUGGACUGAGGAAUUCUGACUUUUUAAGAAUUUGAAAAUUAACAAAUAUACAAUAAAAAAGAUCACAAUGCAACACCUGGUUCACUCAUACUAUGUUUAUUUUGAAGGUUUCUUUUCUGUAUUAUUGUUUCUUGGUACUGAAUUGAACUAUGUACCGCUCAUGCUUAAAUCUCAUGUAUUUGAUUUGUUCAAAGUUUGCAAAUAGUAUACACUAACCAAUGAAAAUCCUGAGAUUUAUGAUAUAGCUCAGAAAAAUGUUUUAUAACAUCCAGUGCAGAUAUUGCAAUGGAGGCUGAGAAGCUAGUGAAGCUAAAAAUAGUAGUCAUGUGACCUUGACAGUGCUUGAGUGGCAAUUAACAAUGAGACAUGCACCUUGGUAUUAAUUACAGCUGUCAUCACUGGAUUAAAAGAAUUAAAAAAGUUGAUGCAAGUUAGUUGUUUUAUGAAACAACGACAAUUUCAGUUCUUAU